AAAGAAGGUUAAGUUCAUCAAAUCGAAAAACUUUGUGUUUUUACUAUUAUACUCAUUUAUUGUGAUUAGGUUUUAUUUAAAAGAACUCUUAAAAUAUUUGCCAAAUGUUGCCAAAAAUAUAUAGAAGUGACCCAGACAUUAGGAGACAUCAAAUAAAUACGCUCAAGAUUUUUAACGAUAAUGUUGUAGAAAUUUGUGAAGGUCAUGAAUAUCAAAUUGCUUUCAAAUCUGGUAGAAAUGAGCUUUGUUUACACAUUUCACUUAGUAAAGAAUUCCCCAACGAGAAACCGUUGUUGACGAUAUCGCCUGGUAUUGGACACCAAUGGGUUAACAGUGAUAGUGAAAUUACUGCAGCCCCUGGACUUUUGAAUUUCACAAUACAUUCCGACUUGGGUCGUGUUGUCCAAGCAAUAAUUAGAGAGUUUGAAAGAAACCCGCCUCCUUUGAAAAACGACGGUUCCUCCACUAGUGUGACCCCUGGCAGCAACAUCACUUCACCUACUGUACCGAUUAGAGACAGUGAAAGAUCUAAUUUAAAUUACAGUAUAAUUAAUAGUUUUUCAUCACCCACUCAUUUAUCAAAUAGUCAAAAGAGAUUAGUUUUUCCUGAAUUAAAUAAUUUGUCACUUGAAGAACUAGAAUUUUUAAAUAGUAACAGUGACCGACAGGAGGAAUUUUUAAAUGAAAUUCCAGCAAUCAAAGAACAGAAUAAAUAUCUGGAUGAACUGAUUGUCCAAGUGGAGGAGUUAGCAGAAACAAAUUUGUCAAAACAAGUGGAACUAGUUGAAUUGAAGGCAAACAUUGAUAAAAGAAUAGAAGAAGUAACAAAACUAGCAUUUGAAAACGAGAGACUGCAUGUAAAAUAUCAGAAUUUAUCAGAUAAAUAUUCUCCUGUGAACAUAAAGGAUCAACUGCGAUCUGGUGCUGAAAAAGCUGAACAAGAAUGUGAAAAUAUAGCAGAUUCAUUCCUAAAAGGUGAUAUUGAUGUGGAUAGAUUUGUUACCCUGUAUACAAAAACAAGAAGUUUGUGCCAGACACGAAAAACUAAAGAAGAAAAGCUGUCGCAUCAGUUGGACAGUUUAUUAAAAGCUGGUUUUUAAUUAUACAUUGUGCAAUGUUCUUAUUUAUUUUAUUACUUAAUAAAAAUAUAAACUUUG